CUACCAGUUGGUGAUUCCUCAAGAAACGUAACUGCCUUAGGAACCUCCCUCCUAAGAGAAAUAAAUUCAAAUGCGGCUGUUAUUCCCAAAGAUACUCAACAGUAUCAACAGUCGGGUCUUGGGUACUAGACGUAUUCUACUACGACACCCGUUCUGCUAUUCUGGCAAGCCGUGCGCGCACAACCACAACUACAAUCACAACUAUAACCAUAUAUCUACCAUGUCGGAUUACGAUUCUGGAGAUGACCUAUUGGGUGACAUAGAUGCGAACAACUUGAUUACGGGAGUCAAGCGCGAGCGUUCUCCCGAUGACGAACAGAAUCAUCAAGCUCGACUAACGAAACAACACAAAGUACAAGAUACAGAACGUAAUGGCAUAAGAUUCCUCGGAGAUACUGCCAGGGCGAUCCUAAAGGAAAAGUUCGGUCAUGAAGACUUCCGCCACGAACAGUUCUCUGCUAUUAUAUCCAUUUUACAAGAAGAGAAUGUGCUCGUCGUCUUUCCUACGGGUGCCGGUAAAUCGCUCUGUUAUCAAAUACCCGCAGUUGCCUUUGAAAAGAUAGAUGCUAUGGAUAGUAAAAAGGCUCGCACCGAUCCAGGCAUAACUAUCGUUGUUUCUCCUCUGAUUGCUCUCAUGAAGGAUCAAGUAGACGCCCUACUGCGUAAAGGUGUCGCUGCUGCUUGUCUGGACUCUACCAAAACUUAUGAACAGCAGAAACAGAUAAUGGCAGGUAUCAGAGAGGGCCAGCUGAAACUGCUUUACUGCGCGCCCGAGAGACUCAAUAACGAGGGCUUCGUUGAAAGCAUGAAGCAUGUUCCUGGAGGUAUUCGGCUGGUCGCCGUCGACGAGGCUCAUUGUAUUUCAGAAUGGGGACACUCUUUUCGUCCGGACUAUCUCAAGGUGGCUCGUUUUGUCCAAGAGGUCAACGCCGAAAGGGUCAUCUGCCUCACAGCUACAGCUACACCUCGUGUCGUUGAUGAUGUAGCAAGGGCAUUCGACAUCAAGAAAUCCAAUGUAUUUCGCACUUCUCCCUACAGACCUAAUCUACACUUACUAGCCGAAUACACGGGAACGAAGCAGGAGAAGUACCUAAAGAUGUUCCAUUUCUUGCGAGAACAUCCCGGGCCUACUCUUGUCUAUGUAACUCUCCAGAAGCAAGCUGAACUGCUUGCGGAUGACCUAACCAAUCAAGGUUUUAACGCAGUUGCAUUUCAUGCUGGCCUCAAGGCAGAAACAAAGGCGCAAAUCCAAGACGCCUUUAUGGCUGAUAGUAUAACCAUAGUUGUCGCUACAAUUGCCUUCGGCAUGGGCAUUGACAAGGCUAACAUACGAAAUGUUAUUCAUUUCGAUCUAUCCAGCACGGUAGAGGAAUAUUCCCAGCAGAUUGGGCGUGCGGGAAGAGAUGGCAAAACAAGUCAUUGUAUGUUUUACAUCUGUCCCUACGACUUUUACAUAAGAGAGAACUUUGCUCGAGGCGACUUACCAUCACGCCAAUCACUACGUCGGUUGCUAGAAGACAUAUUCCACCGAGAGGUUGAUCGCACGCAGGAGGGCGAUAUUAUCAAACUCAAUCAGACAGCCUUAGGUAGAGAUUACGACAUCCGAGCGAGUCCCCUGGCCAUCUUGCUAGCGACACUGGAGCUUCGGUUUGGCCUGGUCAGGUCAGUUACUCCAGAAUAUACAUCGUACAAGUUCGAGGCAAUGCAGAAUUAUCAUCACACUGCUAAAGGAGACUCUUCUCCCGAGGGUAGAGCCAUCUACAAGCACGCCAUAAAGGCUAAGUUCGGUAAGCUAUACGAUGUCAAUAUAGCUGAUGUCGUAAAGUCAACUGGACUACUCCGGACCGACGUAGUAAGGAAGCUCGAGGAGUACAACGACAGUGGAAUCAUUAUGCUCAAAAAGAGCGGUAUUGAGAACAAGCUUAGAGUUCUUAAGACCCUUCCUCGCACCCCACAAGAAAUCAAAGCCAUCACCGACAAGCUCUAUGUCGAUAUGGAAACUCGAGAGGAGGAUGCGUUGCAGCGAACACAGCAAGUAGCUGAUCUAAUCGCAGGCGACAGAUGCUUCGCUCUAGCUCUAGCUGAGCAUUUUGGAAUGGGAUUACCUGGCGGGAAAACCAGAUGCGGACAUUGCUCUCACUGCCUAACAGGGAGACGCAUCAUAUUGCCUCCGAAGCCAACCCCGGCUGUUGACACUGCUGGCAUUCAAAAGAUUCUUGAUGACUGCCAUGUACGGGACGAUCCGAGAUUUUUAGCGCGCGUGGCUUUCGGGAUCAAAAGCCCCCGCGUCAUGCAGCUUAAACUUCACCAGAAAAGCAUAUUUAUGUCGCUGGCAGACCAUGAUUUCAAGUCCUUAUUAAGAGAGUUCACUCAAGCAUGUGAGUUGGCAGGAUUUAAGUCAGCAGACAGUUGAAGUCUGUGAUGUCCGUUUUCUUGUGAAAGAAAAGAAAAGAAAAGAAAAAAGGUCAGGGCGUCAGGGCGCAUAGGAUACAGGCCGGCCAGGUCUCACUCGUUGAUGUAGAUUUUUUUUUCUCAUCGGGGACCAGAUGAUGGAUCUAGAGACGAGGCUCUAGGGAAAACGUCAAAAAGUACCUCUUCAUAGUCUGCAUUGCAGGGGUUCACUUGCUAUAUGUAACGAAAUAGGCAAUCCAUGUCAAAUAGGUCGGUUUGCAUCAAGACCAUAUCAAGAUCAUGUUCCUUUAUUGUGAGUACACGCGUAUGAUCCUUUAUCUGAUACCGGUACCAUCAAGCCAGCCAAUCAAACAGACAUCAUUGGCCGUAUAAGGAAUCCUACAUAGUGUUACCUCCAACGCGAGUACCCGUUGUGGAUAAACCCAAGAUAAUGUCACGUCGACCGGGAUAUCCGACUCCGUUGCAUAUCAUGGCAAGCACUUUGACACUAGGAUCUUAGUU